AUUCCGAAUGUUGACUGUGGCAUAUGGUGAAGCUACCUUGGACCGAAGCAGUUUAUCGGUGGUACAAAAUGUUCUCAGAGGGCCGAGAAGAUGUGAACGACGAAGAGCGUGCCGGAGGCCCGAACACGUCAACAACGAAAACAGACGAAAACAUUGAUGAAGUGAAGAAAAUAGUAUUGGCCAAUCGUCGAAUCACCGUUAGAGAAGUUGCUGAGGACCUAAACAUAUCGAUUGAUUCAUGCCAUUCGAUUUUUACCAAUGAUUUGGAACGUUUCAUGGUGUAUUAA